GUUAGUCCAUGGAAUUUGUGACAUUUGGGAGUGUGCACAUAGUACGUUGAUGUUUGUGACAGCUGAUCGUAUUUUUCUGGAAUUUUACGGCUUGUUUGCUGUGGAUGAAAGGAUAUAGUCAUUAUUUGUACAUUCAUAUGCAUACAAAUGUUAAAAAUGAGUAAAUUCGUGAAGCAAAGCGAUAAAGUUUUAGUUGUGUCUUCCGACAAAACGAGUGACGAUUCUGGAGAUUUGAUUGCAAAUGUUAAAAAAGCAGUUGGUGAUACUGGAGAAACAUUUCUUGAAAAUGUUGACAACUUCUUGAAUUCUAAUCACAGCCCAUCGUCCAUUGAUGUAAUCAUUUCUGGAUUUGGAAACGUAUUUGUACUAAAUAAUGAGGCACUUAAAAAAUCCCUUCAAAUUUUAAAACCAAAAGGAGUCAUUGUUCUUCGCGAAUCUAUCAAGGAACUAAAAAAGACAAACAUAGAUCAGAUUUCAAAGCUCAAGUUGAACGGGUUUCGUCUAAAAACUUCAGAAUCCGAACAUGACAAAAUGGGAGAUGAAGGCGAAACGGAUGUAUGUGUAGUAGUAGCAGAGAAGCCAUCUUAUGAGAUUGGUUCUAGCGUGCCACUCUCGUUUGCAGAAAGUUCUGGCAAUGUCUGGAAAUUGGACGAUGAUAUAGAUAAUAAUUUAAUUGAUGAAGAUGAUCUUUUGGACGAAAGCGACAUAGCGAAACCAGAUGUAUCCUCACUGAGAGUUUGUAGCACAACUGGAAAGCGUAGGGCUUGUAAAGACUGUUCUUGUGGAUUAGCUGAUGAAUUGAAAGGUUCUGUCUCUGAACAAGUUGAAAAGUCUUCAUGUGGAAGUAUGAGGCAGACCUGAGUUCUGCGAGGCACGGCAAAGUAACUUUUUUUCGGGGCGUAUCCGAAAAUUUGCUGUCACAAGUUUAAAAAUGCUAAUUUUUUACUAAAAAAAUUUGAAAAUAUUCCUGAAGUGUUAUUUUAUUAUGCACCAAUUACUAAAAUAAAUGUGCAAUAACCGUUUUUUCUAAAAAAAGAUCGUUAAAAAUGGUCUUUUUUGACCGAAUUAACGCUACUACCCCCUUAAGUACAUUCAAUAGAAACGUUAUUCAACAGGAACAAAAAUAAAUAACAGUAAAAAAUGAAUGGCCUCGAAAAUUCUCGAAUUCUCGAUAACGUUCGGUAACGUUCGGUAACUUACUCUGUUACUUUCUUUCAAUUUAAGUUAUCGAGAAUUUUUUAACUCUAGCGUCACUUUGUUUACGUAAAAUUCCAGCAUUAUUGCACAGUCAUGUUGUCUACGUUUUAGUAAUGUUGAAGAAAUGUUGCUGUAACAUAUAUUGUUAAUUGUAUUAUUAAUGUUGAACCAAAAGUAUGAAAACCAUUCCAACGUGCCAUGGCGGGAAAA